AUGCAUCCAGAGAACGAACUCAAUGUGUACUCCGGAGAGGAUUCUCUCAAGAAGUACUACGAUCCCGACUAUCAGCCCCCGCUUCCGUUGGUCGAGAUACCGGCAUGUCUCAAUCCCUUCAGAAAAGAUGGCGUACGCAUCUACGCGAAGAUGAUGACCAUGCUUCCGGCGAACAACGUCAAAGCACUGCCUGCCAUGAACCUCCUCGAGAAGAGUGUCGAAAAGGACAAGACGAAGACAGUGAUCGAGUACAGCUCGGGCUCGACCGUCAUAUCCAUGUCCCUGGUCGGAAGGGUUUUCCACGGCAUCGAUGACACCAGGGCAUACCUGAGCAACAAGACGAGCGAUGCGAAGCUCAAGCUCAUGCAAUUCUUCGGCCUGAACAUCACACUGUUUGGCGGUCCCUCGCAGCCAGAGCCGCUCGACGAGAGAGGAGGGAUACAAGCCGCCAGACGCAAGGCAGAGCAAGAUGAGAGCGUGGUGAACCCGAACCAGUACGAGAACGACGCAAACUGGCAAGCACACUACAAAUGGACCGGUCCUCAAAUACUCAGGCAGUUGCCCCAGAUCAGCGUCCUCUGCGCGGGAAUGGGCACGUCGGGCACAAUGACGGGCAUGGGCACUUACUUCAAAGACGCAAAGCCGUCCGUAGUCAGAGUGGGCGUCUGCACCGCAGCCGGAGACAGAGUGCCCGGCCCUCGCUCGUACGCGCUGAUGUCGCCCGUGACAUUCCCGUGGCGCAACGCCAUCGACACCAUGGAGGAAGUCGGCUCCACCGACUCCUACACCCUCUCCCUGGCUCUUUCCCGGGAAGGCCUAGUCUGCGGCCCGUCAUCCGGGUUCAACCUGCAAGGCCUCUACCAAUUCCUCGCCAAACGCCGCGCCGCCAACACGCUCUCCUCCCUCGCCGACCCCUCCACCGGCCUCAUCACCUGCGUCUUCCUCUGCUGCGACCUCCCCUACCAGUACAUCAACGAGUACUUCGCCGCCCUGCCCCCCACCCGCUUCCACCCCAUCGCCAACCGCAACCUCGCCGCCGUCGACCGCCACCGCUACGACGAGGCGUGGGAGCUCGACGACGGCGCCGCCAUCGCCGCCGCGCUGCGGCAGUGCUGCGGGGAUGCCGUCGAUGACGAUGAGAAGAGUACGGUCGUGCUCGACCUCCGCCAGCCCGCUGACUUCGCUGCUUGGCACCUCCCCGCCGCCGUCAAUGCGUCACUGCCGUCCGUCACCGCGGGUGCGCCUAGCCCGUUCGCUGACGCGGCGACGCUGGAGGCGCAGUGGCGCGAGUUGGACGCUUGCUUUGUCGAGAAGCAAGUCGAGCACGGCGGCGCUGGGUGCGUGUUGGUGCAGCGGGCGGGGGCGGAUAGGGGCAGUGUGGAGUUAAGGAAGGGCCGGCGGGUGCUGGUUGUGUGCUACAACGGUGACACGGCGCGGGUGGCGACGAGCGUGUUGAGGGCGCGGGGGGUGGAGGCGGAGAGCGUGAAGGGGGGUGUGGGGAAGGUGAAGGAGUGGUGGGGGGAGAGAGAGGCAGCGACGGCGGCAGCGGCAGCGGCGGCGGUGCAGCGGAGGGCGGCGCGUGAGAGGGAAAUGCAAAAGACGACGUCGGCGUGUUUCGAGAAGGAGCAGGCGGCGGCGGUCGAGGUGCUGACGACGGCUUGA